AUGAUUCAGUCCUUCCGGGGCUUUGUUCUUGCAAGGAACCUUCCGCUGCACUACGUGGAGCUCUCGGAUGCCUUAGAGAAGGAUGUCGACAAGCUUCACCUAAAGCAUGCAUGGCUGACGGACAUAGGCUUUUCUCGUGCAAUGGUGGUGGAGGCCCUGAAGACCUUGUGCAACCUCAUCUACAACAGUGCUGUGGUGCAGCAGACAUGCAGUCACAAUGGCUGUGUGGAAGGCGUCAUGCUGCGGCUCAAGCUAUACGUGCACCCAGAUCUGCCACACGAUGUCAAGUUUUUUGACAUGCGGAUGCUGUUUCUGCUGACAGCCCUCUGCGCCGAUACCAGGCCUCGGUUACGGACAGAGCUGCAUGGCCUGAUCUACCUGCGCGAGACGCUCGACCUGGUUCUCAAGUUAAGUGAAGAGCGUACUGCGGCUGCUGCACAGAGCUCACCAGGACCCAAGCGGUGUAUGCGCCUCAGUCGUCGUGGGCGUCACGGUGGUGAUCCUGUUGGGGGCCCGACAGUAGUGACCCCUGUACUGAGCACCGAGGAGGCUUCGCUGGCAGCUGAAGUGCUAAAGGUGCUCUACAAUCUGACCUGCAGCCUUGACAAGUUCCACGUGGAAGAGGAGGAUGAGGUCCAUUUUGAACGCUUGGUGGGCCUCCUGCAUGACCUGCUUCUCUGCGACGUUGCUGAUGUCGAAACCAAGGACCAAUUGCAUGGGCAAGUGGUGCACCUUCUGUCUAGUGUUCCGCGUUCAAGCUACGCGGAGCUGCUUACAGAAGCAAGCAGUGGCGAAGAGGGCAGCUUUGAGGGCUACAACAUAGAUGCAGUGGCUGUGCUGGUCGCCUACCUGGAACGUAGGCUUGAUGAGGUAGAAGCCAAGCCCAGCUUUCAGCGACAGUUGACCCCUGUGCUGUUGUGCUUGGCUGAGUGUGCGCAUGGACACAGGAUACUGCGUCGGUACCUGCGCUCAAGGGUAAUCUGCAUGUCGAUAGCGGUUGCUACUCAAUAUUUCAUCAUGAUACUCAUCACCUUGUUGACCACCUUGUUUUGUGGCCACAUUGGAGUGUUUUAUUUGAGUGUGUUUACACUCCGCUUGGAGUGUUACUCCAAGUGGAGUGUAAACGGAGUGGAGCAGAAGCGUGCAUGCGCCGUCCCCUUAGCCGUAAGUGGGCUAGCAAAGCGAGGAACACAGUCCACUUAGAAGCUGCUCAAGUGGAGCAUGCUGCGCAGCGCUUUGGCUAGCGUUGGCGUCAGAAGGGAUUGGACUGAAUGCAGAAAGCAAGCUCGC